GCCUUGUCUGAUGUCUGUGCGUGGAAUGAAGAUGUGAUCAUUAAAGUGUAGGCGGCGGGGCUGUAAACGGGUUCGUUGUACGUGUCUCAGAUGGAACGAAAAACGGAGCGUGGAGACUUCACGAAGGCGUUGACUUCUGGAUAUACCGGCAAUAAGACUGAGAGAGACGCCAAGGAUGGGACUGAAAUGAGAGGGACACCAAAGAUAGAAGAAGAAGAGUUUUGCGGAUGGUUGGGAAAUUACGAGAUUGCAGAGUGGGAGAAGGUUUCAAUUAUUUGCCGUACGCAUUUUCGCUCGUUCGCACUGGCCUCGAGGUCUACGAAUCUGCCGUGACGCGCCUGAGCUCAUCACGCAGACACUUACAUCUUCGCACGUCAUUGGUUCCAGCCUCUU